AUCAUAGACUUCUCUCAGACUUCUGUGGCGAUGACAUUGUGUUACAUUUUGUUUAAAAGACACUUCCUUCCACGUUUAUCGUGUGGGACUUAUACGAACUUCCGGUUUGCGUUACGAAGUAAAUUGUCUGCAUUUUAUGUAGCUUUUCUCACGUAGCACAGUUUUUGUUUUUGUCAUGUUGCCUUCAGGAAAUAAUGUUCAAAUCAGGCAUACAAAAUUUAUAAGUUUUAAACUGGUAGUAUGUGUUUCUCUUAUUUGGUUGCUGCUGACUUGUGUAACCCGUGCAGCAGACGACGAAAAACUGAAUUUCUACUCUCACACGGUGAUGGAUAUUAACGAGAAUGUUGUUUCGUUGACAAAAUACAAAGGAAAGGUAUCACUCGUUGUUAAUGUUGCCAGUGAAUGUGGAUACACAGACAAUCAUUACAAGAGCUUAGUCAGGUUGCAAGAAUUGCUGGGACCAACAGGGAAAUUUAAUGUUCUUGCCUUUCCUUGUAAUCAAUUUGGUCAACAAGAGCCUAAGUCUAAUGCUGCCAUCUAUCGAUUUGCAAAAAAAACUUACAGUGUGAACUUUCCCAUGUUUGCCAAAGUACAUGUCAAAGGACAAGAUGCCCUCGAUGCAUAUACAUUUUUAAUUGAGCAAUCCAAAAAAGUGCCUCAGUGGAACUUUUGGAAAUACUUGGUGAGCCAUGAAGGCCAAGUGCUGGAAGCCUGGGGUCCUUGGGUGGAUCCUGACAAACUGUUCAACACUAUCAGUCAUGCUGUCAACGAUGCCAUUGCUGCUGACUCUGGCAAUGACGAGAGCAGCCAACAACUGUUUUCUCGAGACAAAGAAUUGUGAACAGUUGUAAGGAACAGUAAAGAAAGGGAACCAGUAGCCUGCAUAACUUUUAAAAAUCUAGCUUUUUUAAACAUAAAAACUCAUGGUUGUUUUUGAUAAUGUACAAACUCUGAACACUACUGCGGGUGUUUGAAAAAAUGUAGAAUAUUAUGGUUGAGAUUUAAUCUGUUUAAACAGGUAAAUAUGUUUUGGUAUGCUAUCAGAGAAUUCAUGACUAAAAGGUCACUGGGCCAGAUUUUACAGCAUUUCAUAGAGAUCCACACAUGUUACUGAUUUGAGAUGCUUUAAAACCUAAAUUUAAAGAGCACUCCAUCUUUGUUUAUUGGACCACACUGGUGAGAGAGACAAAUCAUUUGUCACCCACCAGUGUUGGGAGAGAGACAUUCUUUGUUCUCCAGCAGAUUUCAAGACUGAUGACAAAACUUGCCUUCCACCAGCAGUUUCAUGUUCAUCACCACCAUCUGCCUUACUAAUGGAUAACCAUUGUAGGAUGGGCAUAAUUUUUUGUUUUUUCACUUACUGCAGUCUAAAAGAUGAAAAGAGGAAUGGAUUGUGGGAGAAUGAGUCAUUCAUCAUCAUUGUGAUGGGAAGAUUUUAUUGCUGUUAGAAUGUAAACAUGUUGAAGUUUAGUGACUAGACUGUACAUAGAACCUCAAGCAUUUUUGACAUUGUUAACUAAUGAUUUAUAUUCGUGCUGAUUUGUCUACAUACUAUUUAUAUUGCAUUCCCAAACAUUAUGUUUUUUGCAAACUAAUCAUACUUCCCGAUGAGUGUUACUACCCAUACCUCUUUACAUACAUGUCAAAACAGUCACAGGACACAACAUUUCACCAUGAACUUGUAUUACUGGACUGCUGGCAGAUGAUUUUUUCCAGUUAACUACUAAAACGAGGCAUGAGACUACAAAGCUUCCAGUUUAGUCACAUUCUUUGUUUAGGCUCCCGAGACCAAGGAUGUGUAUAGGUGGAUUGCUGUCUGUCUGCCGAGGUGAUCCGCUGUUAAUCUCUGUGAGGCGUAACAAAGAAUGUGAAUAAACCAGAAGCUGUGUCGUCCAAUGCCUCGUUUUAGCAGUUAACUGGAAAAACUGUCUGCCAGCAGUCCAGGGAUAUUAGUUUGUGCCUAGACUAACAGCGGAGAACUUCGCAAGAUGCUAAGGGCUGAUCUUGGCAGGCAGACAGCAAUCCACCUAUUCACAAAACAUGUGCUCCUUCAUGUUUUUAAUCAGCUUACACUGUGCAGAUUAAAUUUCUGUGAGCAGUAUAUGAAGUAACAAGGAAGAAUAGUUCAAGUACACAUACAUCAAAUCCCAUUUAUCAGCAAAUUCUACAUUGUCUCUCUUGCACAGUUUCUCUCUUGCUUGUAAGUGUGCAUACACAUUUAACUAUUUCAUUUCCUUUUUGAUAAUCAUCCAAAAAUAAAAGCUUAAUAGGGAUAGUAAGAGAUAGAAAGGCGAUCAUUCAGGUGAUAUCUGAUCUGUAAUUUUUAUCCUAGAUCCACUGAAGGCUGUAGGUUUAGCUGCCUGAUAAUGUCUGCUAUAGCUAUGGCAGUCAGCAAGCAAAUUUACCUGUCUACUAUAGCAGACUAGAGUGUCAGUUUAUAAUGAAAUCCACCACAGCACUUUUUGUCUUUCUUAGUUUUUAUUUCACUACUUAAGCCAGGAUGUUUCAUACUAAUGCUCAUUAACUGAUUUAAAAAGUCUUGUAUCUAGUAUCCUCAGCCUUAUUGUAUGAAGCAGAAAAGGUCAAAGUCUUAGACUGCAAACAAAUGUCGUUUUAUAAAACAACAGCAUCACUUGUUUCCUGUUGUUUAAGUCUAAGAAUAUAGAGAGAAUAAUUCAUCUUGACCACUUUAUUCUGUACAGUUUUCCUAUCAUUGACCUUUGUCGUGAUUCAUACAGCCCCUUUGCUGUAUUUAACUGUAAUGGGGAAUGAGGAAGUCAGACCACUUUUAUUCCUAACAACAAUCCAGAAACUUCACCUUCUAUUUCUUUUACUUUUUCCAUGUGUUGACUUGUCCACCUGCUUGUCUUCCUCGGCAUAUUUGUGAAACCCAAUCCUUACUGUUGGUUCCUCUUUGUGUCCUCUGUGUUUAUCUUUUAUUACUUGUCUGCACGGUUGCUUAUCCUUCCGUCCUCUGUAUGCUUCUCAUGUCUUGUUCUCAUCUUAAAUGCUGAAAGCUUGCUCCUUUAUGAGCAUGAUCACGUGCGAUAUAAAUCACACGUUUUUUGGGGGUUUUUUUUUUUUUACUAUUAUUAGUCUGAUCAGUAACAUGCUGUGAGUUCUGGUGACUUAUAAACACCAAUUGUCAUACCAUCUUCUCCCUCACAUUAGUUUAUUGCUGAAACUAGAUUUUCUGGUAUCAGCUGCUUCCAGAUCAUUUGGUUCUUCCUGAUGUGUAUUUGGACUAUUAUAUAUUUUCUUGUAUAGCUGUUGCAUGUUUAUAAUAUGCGUGAAGCUCUUAGAGUUUGUUUAAAUGGGUACAAAAAUAGAAUAGCAGGAAAUAGGUAAAAAAAAAAAAAAGGAAUAUUUAAGCAUUGUCCACAGUACGGAGACACCAAGUGGCAAAACGUGUAAUUCUAAAUUGCUGCAGUUAUUAUAGUUCUGUAAAAUGUUAUGUUUCAUGUGUUAAAUGCACCUUUAUGCCUAGUCAUUCUCUCACUCUCAUUUUUGAUAUAUGAUCAUUUAAUUACCUUUUUUUUUUACCCUUGAUCAGCAUUUCGUGUGUACUGUUGCUUUAGAGUGAAGAACAGAUGGUUGCAAAAACAAUUUGUGGUAAUAAAUACAUGAUUGUAUGUUGCAUUUAUGAUGCAUUUUCAUUACCUGGUAACAUGAUCUCAGCACAGUUGGCAAAAUGUUUUUAAAGACAACACUUCCCAUCCCUUACUAAACCACUCUUCCCCACCCAUUCCAUCAUCUAAAGUGCUAUGCAAUAUUAUUGCAGAACUGACUUAAAGAGUUGGAAAGAGUGUGAAAUUGGGAAAAUAAAAACUGAAGGACA